UCUGACAUAUGCGAGUCUGAUUUUGGGUAUGAGAUUGUUGUUAAUUUUGUCGAAAUUUAGGGAAAAAUCUAAAUAAGACAGCAGAAUUAUUUAUUUAUUAAAAUUCUCUGAAUAGUUUGUCUAAAACUCUCUUAAGAAUGCCAGAGACAAAUGCAGAGAGUCGAGCCGGCGGCAGCGCUAAUACAGAAAAAGAUGAACACGAGUCCGACUCUGAACCCGGCGGGUUCGCACUAAGCGUAGACUUAAGUGCCUACAUGGGUUCCCAAGCUCGAUGCCGCGUGUGGGUGCGCCGGCGAGCUCGUAAAGUGCGCUGGCUAGCGAGUCGGGUGCGGAAAGUGGCUAAGCUCAGAGGGCCAUUGUUGCUGCUGGCAGGGGAUCAUUUGCUGCCGCCGAGCGAGCCAAUUAAGGUGCUACGGCCUGACGACACAGUGCGGGUCACGCAAGUGGAACAUGAAUGGCAGCAUGCAUUCAGUAUUGAAGACUCUGAUGAUGAUGCAUUAAUGCCAAUGCAACCUGUGACAAUCAUACAAAACAGAAUAACACAAACCCACACCAAGCAUAAUGGCUAUAAUGAAACAAAACAAAUAAAAGAAGCGACAAACAUUUAUGAAGAAGCUGCAGUUGUGCCUGACCCCUCACCAGUGCAACAGCUGUUAGUACAGAAGAAACCCACAACCCAACCGUUCAACAAGCAGGACAGCCUCAAGAAAACUACAAACCUAAGGGAAACCACAACAACAAUUGAACAAUCUUUAGCUGUGUCUCGUAAACGGAAGUUUACUGUAGGUGACACACUUUUCUUGCUAAAACGGGCCGAAGAAAGCAAAACACAAGCUCUACCAGAAAUAGAACCAAAGCAAACAACUCCGUCACCUAAACCUAUUGAAAAUAAUUUAGAAUUUGGCCAAAUGUCACAACCAAAUUUUAACUCCGAUGCAUUAGAUCAAGUCAAGCGAAGAGCGCUAGCAUUAUUAGAACAAGUGACAGAUGAUAAAGAUACAGAUGUUACUGAUGCGCCGAAGAAGAAACGACGUCGCGUGCGCCGACGUCGACCUAAGCCUUCUCGAGAAGAAUUCAUUCAAGAACUUGAUGAAUCAGGAGCACAAAAGGCAUCACAACUUAACGCAAAGCAUGCAAACCUCACUAAGGAACAGGAUAUACAAAAUGGAUUGAAGCCAUCUCUAAAUAAUCAUGUGGAUCUGACAAAAGAGCAAGAUGAUUAUGAAGCUAAAGUUAAAAUGAUUAAAACCAUUUCUAUAAGCCCUGAAAAAAGUCAGGAUUUGUCAAAGGAUAAUGAUAGUGAAUCUGAUGAUUCUGAUUUAAAUGAACCUGAAAAACAAACCGAUUUAACCGCUCAGCCAUUACAUUCUGUUCAGGCUGUGGCGACUCCAACCAUGUUGGUUACCCAAUCUUCUCCAGCAUGGGUAGUGGAUUAUGUAGAUAUGCCCCCGGAGAGUCAAAUACCUGUGUUGGUCAGAGAUGCAAUGCCAAGACCACCGAGGGUAGUUCGCGCGCUUGGGAACACGCUGUGAUAGUAUAGGUUUAAGAGUUUAUUUAAGUCUUAAUGCAAAUUAUAAGUUUUCAAUCAGUGUUAUACUUAAGUGAUGUGUCUAUGUCUAUGCCUAGUAAAGUAAUGAUUCAUGAAAAUUA